CCAGAGUGAGGCUUCGAUGUCAAGUUCCGGGGAUGUGUCCUUGUCAGAUAGUGACCCUGGCACCACAGACACAGAACGUGACGACACUCGGACCUUGUUGAAGACACGGUCAGCGCUCUACACAGCAUACUCCAGGAUAGAGGAGCUGGAGGAAAGCCUGACCGGGAAACAGCUGGCUCUGGACAAGGUCAUCUCAGAAAAUGACCAGUUACAGCGAAAACUACAGGAGUCUAAGUUGACUGACAUGGAUUCUGCCUUGAGGAAGAGAGAGGACCUGAUAGUCCAGUUGUCUUCUGCUCUACAGACCGUGACCAGCCAACCACCGAGUGAUGUCAUAGCUGUGGAAUUGACACAGGAAGUGCAGAAUCUGAAGGCUCAACUUGUAAAUGCUGGCAAGCUGCUGGAGGCUCAAUCUGAGAAAUACAAGUCGACUACGCAAACAUUGCAGGAGGCCAAGGCUGAGAUCGCAGUACUUCAGAGAAAUCUCAAAGAAAGGGACAGUGAUCGCAAGGUCACAGGCUCACCAGGAGCCAAUCAAGAAUCUCCCUUACAACAAUCAUCGACUGUCAGUGACGAGAUAAUUUCACAAUUACAGCAGGAACUUCAGGAAGCCAAGGCAAAUGUAUCAUCCUUAGAGGCAAAGAGCAGGGAACCAGGCACAGGAAGUGAGGAGGGGACCAAUCAAAUUCAGAUUCAGCUGGAUGCUUUACAGGAAGUGCUUGAGCGUAAGGACAAUGAAAUUGUGGAAUUGCAAUCCUGCGUGUCGCGUAGUGAGAGUGAUUGUGAUAAACUAAGACUCUGUGUAAAACAAUUAGAAACCAGGCUAACUGAAGCAGACGAUGUCAAGGAAAAAAAUGAAGCAUUGAAAACUGAUGUCGAAAAUGUGAAUGAAAUGAAUCUGAAAGAGAUUGAGAGAUUAAGAAAAAAUAAUGCAGCAUUGGAGGAGAGUGUGAAAACUUUGAAUGAGAACACAAAAGAAUUUGAUCUUCUGAAAACUGAAAAUCAGAAACUGACACUGAAAGUUAGUGACCUAGAAGAAAAUAUGAAAGAGACUGAGGAAUUGAAAGUGAAAGUUGAAAUUCUGGAAGAGAAAGUGAAACUAACAGAAGAAAUGUCAGCUGGUGAGAGUGGGGAGUUAGAUCUUCUGAAGGCAGAUUACGAACUUUUAACCGACACGCUAAAUUUGAAAAAUGAGAGAAUUCGUGAAUUGGAGGUGGAGGUGGUGGAAGGGAAACAUGAAAUUGAGAUUGACCUCCUGCGUGGAGACAACGAGAGGCUGUCAGAGGAAGUAGAAAAUCUGGAAGAAAAGCUGGAGAUUUGUGAGAAAAAUAUCGCAGAGAAAGGGAGACGUUUGGAAUCCUUUAGUAUGAAGAGAGACGAACUCCUUAACAGCCUCGGUGAAAAAGAUACGAAAAUUUUUAUGUUUGAGACCAGCAUUGCUGAGCUUCAGCGUGAAAAAGAACAGCAGGCUUUGGAGUUGGACCAGUUGAAUGAAGAUUUGGAAAAUGCGUUGUCGAAAUGUAAACGCACUGAUGAUCUUGAAGUUCAGUUAGAAACGCUGGUGUCUCAGUUAAAUGGAUUGCAACAGGAAUGUCAGUGUUACAGAAUUCAGAAUGAUGAACUGAAAAACCGAAUUAAUGUGCAACAGGAUUUAUAUCUCAGGCAACAGUACCAGAUCGAAGUGGCAGGGAGUGAAAAAGAACAGCUGCAGAAGGAGAAUCUCAAGCUGGGGAGUGAGAGGGAAGAGCUAGUGCAAGAGAUACAGAGAUUGAAGUCUGCCAGAACGGAAAAAUCGGCAGAAAAUGAUGAAAUGGAAAAAACAGCUAUGCAGGAACCGGUGUCGAACGUGAAGAACCUCGAAUCGGAGAUCCAUUGUCUGAAAGAAGAGAACUUAUCCUUCAAGGUCAAAGUUCAGUCUUUGGAGGAACAGAUUCUUGGUCUGCAGAAGGAUCUGGAAAAUUCCCAGGAGGAGAAGUCAUUAGAAAUUGAUAAGAUUCAAGACAUGUAUAAACAGGAACUACUGGACAAAGAUGAUGUGAUCAAAACAUUACAGAAUGAAAAUGACAUCUACAAAGAAAAGCUUGGCAAGCUGAGCACGCCACCAGAAGAAUGGGAAACUGGAAACGACGGCGACGAGUCUAUCACAGAAUUCAUGAUGGAGUGUGUGGUGGAAGACCUCCUGUGUCAAAGUGAGGUCAUGGCUGAAAAAGAGGCUGAAAGUCUGAAAGCAUUUACAGCUGAAGAUGAUAGAAAGAGAAAUGAACAUGUCAGAGAUGAGAUUGUUCAGGAGGAGUUCAUUUCAGCUAGCCCUGUGAAUGUUUCUUUGUCCAGCGUGGGGACUGGUGAAUCCGAUGAAGUGGACCAUCAAGAUGGUACUGCAUCAAAACAACAUAUCGCAUGCAACAUUUCGGAAUAUGAAGAGGAUAUUCCCAAACUCAGUGAAACUACUCACACAGAUGAGGCUCAGUCUCAUCAAUCUGUGUUAUUGGAAAUUGAAUCCAUUGGAGAACAAAAUUCUCAAGAGGAAUGUGACGUUAGAUCUGUGUUGAAUUUAGACUCUGAUGUUUCUUUGGAUUCUGCAAACUUCCUGAAAAUUUUGAGAACUUUACAAAAUCAAAAAUGUCUCCUCGUUGAAAAAUUGGAACAGACGGAAGCUGAAAGGGACAAACUUCUACAACGAAUUCAGCCAACCGGGGACAUUUCUGAGGACAGUCUUGAUUUGAAUGACUCUAUUGACGAGGAUAAUUUCGAAGAAUCUCAUGCAGAAUCUGGGAGUAAAGAAAUUCAAGGAUUUACUGAUAUAAAGGAAGUGGAAGACAUGUUAUAUGUGGAAACUGAGAUGACGGAUUUUGAUCCGAAUCAAAGAGACAUAACUUUAUUACCAGACAGUGUGAAAUCCACAGCUACUGUAGUGAAAUCCGCAGCUACCGUAGAAAGACAUUCAAACCAGGGGACAGUCCAAAAUCUUGACCCAGCAGACGGCGAAAAAUUGGCAGCAGACGGAGAAAAAUCGGCAGCAGGCGACAUUCAACUGGCAACUGAAGACAUUAAGGUGAGCCCGUGCAUGCUUUCAUCCAGUGGUGCAGCUUCUUCUGUUCUUGUUGAUGAAUUAACUAAUUCUGUUCCUUCUGUUGAGAAUGUUUCUGUUCACACUAAGCCUGUUGUUUCUGUUGAGACCGCUAGUGAUGAGGUGUAUAAAAAUUUCACAACUGAUGGUGAGACGGAAGAUUUAACUGUGAAUGUACAAGGCUGUAAUGAUCCGGAAACUCUGAAAGAUCCAAAGACAGAUGAUUUAAGUGUGAAGUUGGAGGGGGAAUUAUCAGUGUUAGUUUUGGCGAAUGAAACGCUCCAGAAAAACUUAGAAUUAGUGAUGGAGGAGUUAGAUGGGAAGAGUCGUGAGUGUGAUGACAUUCAGAGUAAAUUUAAGCAUGUAUCAAAUCAAUUCGAUGUGUUCAAAGCAAGUUUUUCUGAUGUGACAAUUAAGAAUGAGAACUUAGAAUAUGAUAAUGAAGAACUAAAUGAAAAGUUACAAAAUUUACAGAAAGAAUUAACGGAUGUAAAACAUGACUAUUUGAAUUUACAAGAUCAUUAUGAUAUGGUAGGUGAUGAAAACCACACAUUGAGAAAUGAACACGAUCAGCUGACUCAGAAAUACGAAGCUGUCGUCUCAGAAAAUGUCAGCUUGUUGCAGAGUCUGUCAGAUUCGGAAGUGAAUGGAUCGAAGGUCUUAAAAGAAAGCGAAGAAAUUGUGAAAAAACUUAAAGAUGCGGAAGUCGAGAAUUCGCAACUGAAUCAGGAGCUUAGUCAGUUAAAAGUGCAAAAUUCGCUCCUAGAGGCAGAAAUUGAUGAACUUCAUAAGAAAUUAGAUAAAUUAAAUUCCGACUGCGACAGCUUACUCGUAGAGAAAAGUGAGUUUACAGAAAAUCACAGGAAACUUGUGAAUGAAAUGAAAAUUAUUGAGAAAGAGAAAUUAGAGGGCUUGAAGAAUUUUCAAAAUCUGCAACAAAAAUAUCAAGAAGAGAAACAGAGACAGGAAGAUUUAAGGACUGGUAAAAUUGCAGAGUUGGAAUCAUGUAUUGACGAACUCGGGGGCCAAAACAGAAUAUUAACGUUCAACAAUCAAAAUGCCGAAACAAAAAUCGUCAAGCUAAUGGAAAAAGCUGACGAAGACAGAAAAAGACAGGAAGAAGAGAUUUUUAAGAAAAAUGAGGAAAUUCUGAAGAUCAAUGAAGAGCAGAGGAGUUUACAGUCAUGUGUGAAAGACAAGGAUUCGGAGCUUCAUCAGAUUAGAGGAAUACUACAAGACACUGAAAAGAGAAAUUGUCAACUUAAUAAAGACCUAGAAAACUUAAAAAUAAAAACCGAAGAAUUAAAAAAUCAAAUUGUUCUUUUGGAAGAGAAGCUCAGAUCCAGAGAUAAGGAUGUGGAAGCAGUUCAGAAACAAUUCGAGGAUUUAACAGGCGUGAUGAAAAGUGUACGGAGUGAAAAUGAGGAAUUAAAGCGUGAACGUGUGGAGUUGGUGGAAAAGUGUGCAGUCGAACAGAAAGAGAGGGAAAUAGCAGCAAGGGACUCUCAGAAUCUCGUGGAAAUUCUGAAAGAGAAGGAGAGUCUGUUGGAGGAGAUGACAUUGGACUGCGACACUGUGAGGAGAGAGGUGUGUGAACAAAAGGAAGAAAUGAGAAAAAUUUCAGAGGACAGGGUUUACUUGAAAUCAGCAUUGGAGGAACAGGUGCAAAAGAAAGAAAUUGAAAUGAGGAAUUUGACAGCUCUUCAUGAAAACAAAUUGGAAAUGGAAUGUGGUUUGAAAAACUCUGAAAUUGAGAGACUCACUUUGAAAUUGAAUGAAGCACAGUGUUAUAGUGAGGAACAGAGAGAAAAAUAUGAGAUGGAAUUUUUGCAAAAGAAGGAAGAGAUUCAAAGAAUUCAUAAAGAUUUUAAAGAAAAGGCAGCGAGAGGAGAGCUUCACGUAGAAGAACUUCAACACACCAUUUCUGAAUUGGAAAUAAAAAUUGAAAAUGUCAGAUCUGAACACAAGGAGAUGAAAACUACUGAAGACAGAGAAAUAUGUGAUCUUGUUCAGAAAGUCAGGAACCAGGAAACUCAAAAUAAGGCUCUGCAAGAGGAAGUUUCCUCACUGGAGGAAAUUAAUUCAGAAAUGGUAAGAAAAGUAAAGGAACUUGAUCAGGAAUGUCAAAGGUUAAAAACGGAACUACGCAGAGAAGUGGAAUCAAGGGUGAGAGAGAAGCACCUGCAGAUCGAACAAUUGAAGGGAGACAUUGGGGAGUUGAGAGGUAGCAUUGGUACCGACCAACCACAACAGGAGCUGGAAGAAACUUCCGUGUUAGCAUCUCUGGGUAAACUGGAGACCGCUCUGUCCAAAAUCACAGCGAACAUGACAGUACCAACUGAGCUGUCGGAACGAGAACUGGUGGUGAGUGAAGUACCGUUGGAGGAACAUACCACUGGGGACACCUGCAGACAGACAGUUGACAAGGAGGAUGGGUGUGAACAAACAGGAGUGUCUGUAGUGGUUGAGAAUCUUGAAUUGAAGAAGACUGUGGAGACUUUGAAAGUCAAAGUUCAAGAACUAGAAAAAGACAAAAAUUAUUUCAGAUCUUGCCUCAAGGUGGCUGUUAAAGGUACUAGUAAAGAAGAGGAGGAGAAUUUGGAAGCAGUGAUGGAAGAAAAUAGUCAUCUGAUGGAGGAAAAUCAAGCAUUAACUGAAGAAUUACAGAAACUGAGGAAUGGAGCAGAAACACUGGACAAGGAUAAAACUGGUACAAAAGAUAAACUUCAGGAGAAAGUAAAUGUUUUGUCCUCGGAAAACUUCAAACUUCGACAAUAUUUCUCAGACCUACAGGAAGAGGUCAACAGAGGUCAGAAUCAGAUAGUACAGGUGACUUCAUUGUUUCAGCAGUCUGUGUUGGCUAAUGAGGGGUUAAAAAAUGAAAUUAUGUCCUUGAAAGAUGAACUGGAGUCGAUUGCUGUGUCUCGAGAGAGUGUGGAUGAGGCAUUAUUGAAUGUGGAGCAGAAAAUAUCACUGAAAGAGAGGCAGUUGCAUAUUUCCACCCAGGAAAGUGGAGAUGAUAAAGAGAGUGUUGAUACUUUGUCAAGUAUGGAAAACAAAAUAUCCCAACCAGAGGAGGAGGAUGAAAGUUCAGAGAACUGUAACACAUUAGGUCAGAGUGGAGAAAUUGAUAAGCUGAGCGAGACUUUAGUGUCACUAACCAUUUCUAACUCAGUGAAUAUCGUUUUAAAAGAAGAAACUGAAAAAUUACACUGUCACUUGGUUGAGAAAGAAAAAGACUUAGAAGAGCUCUCGCGGAGAUGCCAGGAAAGCGAGGAUGAAAAAAUUGUUGCACAAAAGAGAAUUGAAAUGUUGGAAGAAGAGCUGGAAAAUGCCCAAAAGAUUGCCUCUCUCUGUGAGAUGAGUCAGAACGAACAGAAACAUCAUAUACACGAACUGGAGGAGAAUUUGAAGGUCAUAGCUACCGAGAACCUGGAAAUGAGAAACGAAAGAGAAACAAUUAUUCAAGAGGUCAAAGUUCACAGGGAUAUCACAACAGAAAUGAGAGAUUCGGUGGAAAGAAGCCGACAUGAUGUGUGCGAUAUUCGUAAAGAACAGUCAGAGUUUAAAUUAAAGAUGGACGAAAUUAUUGUGGAGAAAGACAGAUUGUCCAGGGACCUGGCCAAAAGAGUUUCUGAGAAUAAGGAACUGAGGUCAAAGGUUGCCGCCUUGUGUGACGAAAAUGAUCAGUUAAAACAAUCUCUCGAAAAGUUUGAAGAAGUGAAAGCUGAGCGAGGCAAGCUGAUUUCCAUCCAGGAGAAGCUGUUGGAGGACUUAACUGAAAUGGAGGGACGGUACGAGACAGUUCACAACCUGAUGGAAGAGACGAAACAAGAGUGCAACAACGAAAUGGAAAAACUACGUCAGCAGCUUGGGUCUGUAAAUAGGGAUGUGGGGAGUUUGAAAUUAUCGAUUGAUGUUCUUCAAUCGGAACUCCAGUCUGCCCAGGAGCAAAAGGAGCACCUCAUCACCAGUCUGGAAGAGAAGAAUGACUUAUUGGUGUUCACCGAAAAGGAGAGACAGAAGGAAGUAAACGAUAAGUUUAACAAGGAACUGCAGAACCAGAGGAAGGCUGGUGGUGGAUCCGACAGUGGUGUGUUUCAGAGACUGGACAGUGAAGAGCCCAGGGAAUCAAUAAAUCAACAGAGCAAAAAUGAUCACAGCACUGGAAGGGAUUUUGUCGUGGAGCAGGGGUUUGGCAGUGAUUCGUACAACUUACACAAUGAAACUAUUGCAGAAGAGCAGAAGGGAAUCCAAAAUUUUGAGACUGAAGGCACUUUGUCCCCAAGUUAUGCUAGGAAUGACAGUGGAGGAGGUAAUGGAGACGAACUGGAAACUGUUGCACAACAACAAAGAGGAAAUGAAGAAGAGGUGUUGAGUGAAAGGUUUGUGGUGGAAGAGUUGGAUGCAGCCAUCACAGCUGUAGGUGUGGAGACUGAGAGAGCUGGGGAGCUGCAGACUCUGUCUGAAACAGGCCCUGAAGAACGCGGUGAAAUGGAGACAGAAGACGCCAAGGAAGAAAGGGAAAAAAUACGAGAAGAAUUAAAAGAAGAGUAUGAACAGAGAAUUGAGGGAGUGAAGUAUGAGAUGGAAGAACGACUGGAAAUGUCACUCAAAGAGAGGGAAUUUGAACUUCUGGGAAAAUUUGACAUGGAGAAAAAAGAGUUGAUUAAGCAGAUGGAACAUGCAGUUAGUCAGAAAAUAAAGUCAGUUAAAGCGGAGAAGCAUAAAGAGUUUGUGGAAGCCAUGCAGAGAGUGAGAAAGGACCAGGGACGAAAACUUCGUGCAGAGGUUGAGAAACAAAAAACGAGGAUACGGGAAAAGUUCCAGAAACCUCUCAAGGAGAUAUGUGAAGAAAGAGACAGACUUCUGAGUGAAAUUCGUCAACUGAAACGAGAGACACGUCAGACUCCGGCGGGGGACGAUUCAGUCUUCACAGAACAGGACGAAAUCCUCGUCCAGACACCUGCUUAUCACUCCUCCAUGUUUAUAUUUGAAGAAGUCGCGCUGCAGUCUUCUUUUGACCUUGAUUUUGACCUUGACCCAGGUCAGGAGUGGCCUUGCAGGAAAUCAGAGUGUCAAAAACUGCAUCAAAGUUUCAAGGAUUUGUUGGACCGGACGGAGACUUGCAGUUUCAGCGCUCCAGGAAGUGGUCGAUCAGAUGGGACAGGUGGAGGUGUAUGUGUUGAACAAGGAUUUAAACCUGAAGUUAUUGAGACCAUCGCUAGCUCAGGUACUGAGGGAUUUUCAGACCAAACACUGAGCACCAGGCUGGACGGAUUUCGAAGCGGAAAGUUUGAAGUGGUGAAGAAAAGAAGUAUAACUCAACAAGGAAUAGAAAGCUCCGGCUCGGGGAAUGCUAUUGAGGAAUCUCAAUGCGAGAUUAAACAAGGCUUUCAACCGGAACUCGAUGAAGAAAUAAAAAGCUCGGGACUGGGGAUUGCUAGAAAGGAAUCUCAAAGCGAGAUUAAACAAGGCUUUCAACCCGAACUUGAUCAAGAAAUAGAAAGCUCGGGCUUGGGGAUUGGUAGAAAGGAAUCUCAGAGUGAGAUUAUGCAAGGAUUUCAACCAGAACUUGGUCAAGAAAUAGAAAACAAGAGUUUGGUGAAUCCUCGAGAAGAAGUUCAAAGUGAGAUUAAACAAGGCUUUCAACCGGAAUUUGGUCAUGAACUGGAAGGAACAUUUUUCUCUCAGUUCAAUGAUAAUGGGGAAGUGGAGCAAGGUUUUAACCCGGAAGAUGCUGAAUAUUUUAAAGAUAUACAUGAUGAAGAUCUACAAGCCAGUAGAUUGAGUCUAAAUUUAGAACCAAGUUGGGUGGAAAGGAAUGUUCACCGAUCGUUCUCUGAGGAGCCACCGCAGUUUUCACCUGAAGUGAGAAAAGUAAACGUUUUCCCUUCAUCUGCCCCAGUACAUCAUUUCCUGACAGAGACAAGUGAGGGGUUCAUACCAACUAAAGUCCCACUGGAGCAAGACCCACCAAUCAAUCAAGACUUCGUGGAAUGCGUAGCAGCAGAGCUGUCCGAAAUCGACAGAGUGCAGCUGGAAAAACUCGUGAAAGCCAAGGAAUCUGAGGUGCUUUUCUUAGAAAAUAAAAUAAAAUUAUUGAUGGUUGAAUUUUCGAAGGAGAAAUCUGAACUGCUGGAGAAGUGUCAGACAUUGAACACACAAAUGGAAAAUGAGAUUCUGCUUCGUCAAGGACUUGAACAGGAGCUGAACAGCCUGGUGGAAGACAUUUCUUCCGCUGGUCCGAAAAUCCAAAGUAGACAGAAGUCAUUUUCAACAUCAUCAGAAUAUGAAGAGGAUGAUGUUGAUGGAUUGGAAAAAAGGAAAGAUGACUCCAUUUCCAUAUCAGCCAAUGAGCUCAUGGAAAACAAGAUCAAAGGAUUAAACUUUUUGUAUGAGAAAGAAAAGCAGCUCCGGGAAGCUGUUGAGUUGGAAUGUAAAACCGAGAAGUUGUACAGGAAGGACUUGGAGCAGGAAUUAAAAUCUGCGAGAGAGGGGACAAAAUCUCUGCUGAGUGCGAGUUUAUCUGGGAGAAAUAGUAACAAGAAACCUUUUACACAGAGACAGUUCUCGUAUGAAGCGGAGGAUGUGGGCCAGCGAUCAGGAGAUACCUGGAUGGCACUGAAAUUGUUUUCUAAUCAGCAUUACAAGGAGAUGGAAAACAGGCUGAACCAGCUGGAAUUUCAGAACACGUUCUUAACAGAGAAAAUCCGGAUUGUGGAGAGUUUGAACAAUGGUGAGCGAAAAGCCCUGGUAGAAAAAAUCAGAAAGCUGGAGAGUGAGUUGAGUGAACUUCGACAGGGUUCUGUGUUCCUGGUGGAAGAGGAAGAGGAGGUGGUUGUAGAGGGAGACAUGGAUGGGAGCUACAGUGUUCCACAUUUCCUGGCGAGAGAAGGAGCACGGUUGACAAUCGAAAUGGACACAGAAAAAAGCCCACUAGUUGCUGAUAUGGAUGAGCAGCAUGUGGUUGAUGAAGAAAAAGAAAAGGCGGGUGAAAAAAUGGAAAUGUCAUCAUCAGUUGAUGUUAAGGAUCAGUCAGUAGCUGAAGAUACAGAGAAGAUUGCUGACGAUAUUGCAGAUGAUCUGAAAGAAAGAAAACAGGCAAGUGAAACAGAAGGAGAAAUGAUAGGAAAUGUUGGAAAUCAGUCAAAGAUGGAAGAGCUGGAGGCCAGCAUCUGUAAGCUUACAGAAACAUUAUCAAGCUGUCAGGAAGAAAUGGAUGUACUCAGAAGAGACAAUCUCUCACUACAGCUUGAAAUGAAAGGGAAGGACGAUUUUAUAGAACAUGUUGAAAGCAGGACGAAGGACCUGAUCUCUCAAUUGAAUACUGAAGUAGAAGAGAAUGAAAGAAAUAAACAGAAAGUCCAAGAAAUAAGUGAUCAAUGUGAAAGUAAAGAAAAAGACCUAAAAGAAUUGAUGGAAAAGGCUGGAGCACUCAGAGACAGUUUGGCUGAGGAGAGACUGGUGUGCGAGACCUUACAAUCUGAAAUCAAGGAACUACAAGAAAAGCUGUCAGCAGAUGUUAACAUGAAGGAUGAAGACUGUCAAGUCGACUCAAGCAUGUUUAAUGAUGAUGGAGUGAGUGUUGAGAUGAAGUUGGGACGAAUGGAUUGUGACAGAGAUGCAUGCAGCAGAGGUACUUCAGUGGACAAUCAGACUCUGCAUACAGCGACACAAACUAAUGAGGACUUGGGUAGGGGUCAGAAAGAGAGCGAAAUGAAGGAUAUGGGAACAGACCCUGGGACUGUAGAGGUCAUAACAUCUGAUCAAGAAGCACAGACAAUUCACGUCCAAUUUAUGUAUGAGUAUAAACAAACACAGACAGAAAGCGAAGAACAUGAUCACAAUUUCGAAGUGUCGCUAGAGGAGAUGGAGUCCCUAAAAGCUAGUCUUCAGGAAAAAGAAGUCUGUAUUAAAAAACUGGAAGAGGAACUGGAUCAAAUUGAUUCAUCAGAGGUGGAGGGUUCACAAGAUUUUCAGGAUUACCGUAUCAGGAUGGAAAAAACUCUGAAGGAGAAAGAAACGUACAUCCGGAAACUAGAGGAACAUUUACUAGGCAGGCAGACUCCAGAAAGAAAUCUGAAAGCACUUGGGCAGAAGCUGCAUGUAGAGUCUCCACCACAAGUGGAUAAUGAAAGAGGAAAUAAAGAGGGAGAUGAUGGCUCCACACCGAGGGGAAAAACAGAAAAGAGAGAUCUGGUGGUCGAUAUGAGAGGGGAUAAGAUGGAAGUGAAGGGGAAAAUAGAUCCACUGCUCCCUUGGAGUUCUCCACUGGAUGACGAAUUGGAGCUGCCAUCAAAUUACAGUGGGAAGAGUAUCUCCCCUCUGGAGAUCUCCACCACAGUGACGGAGAAUUUUCCAGAAAGCGCCGACCUACUUUCUCCAUCUGGUUCCUCCGUCUAUAGUGGAAGUGCAGUGUCCACUUUCAGCGGAGGCAGCUGGGAUUGCAAUGGAGAUCGAGUAGUUUCAGGAUUAGGCCCCAAGGAAGACGGACAUAAAGCCUUAGAAAACAAACACUUUGAACUCAUUGACGAGAUUUCCGACCUGAGGAAGGAUUUAAAGGAGACUAAAUCUAUUUAUACUCAGGAAAACGCCCUUUUACAGGAGGCUCUUGAAAGAGAAAAAUGGAUGUCCAGCAAUCUCAAAUCGAAAUUAGGAAUGACUAACACAGUAGUGAACUUUGACCUUUCUGCUGAACUUGUGUCGCUCAGGCAGAAGGUGUCCAUGCUGCAGGAAACAAAUAAGAUGCUUCAAAUGGAAAAUGACAAAUGGCUGAAGAGAGUACAGGAACAGGAAAGGAUAGUGAUAGAGUUGAGAGGUCAACUGGGGUCAACUGAAGGGUCAACGGAGAAAGAUGAACUGUUCACCCAGCAGGUGGCAUUGUUACAGCUUCAGAGGCAGGAACUGAUUGAAAAAUUAAAAGAACGAGAUCUCGAAAAUAACAAGUUGUCGGGUAGUCUUGGGGAUCGGAUGAUUUUGGAAGAAAAUCUUCGACGAGAGAAAGAUCUGUUAAAAGUGAAAUUGAGUGAAAGAGAAAGCAUAGAAAAUGAACUUCAUGAAAAGAAAAUGGAGCUGCAAAGACAGAUUGGCUACCAAAGGAAACUGGAGGACAUUAUUUACCACAAGAAUCUGAUCGAAAAAGAAUUGAUGAGACAGAAGCGGCUGCUGGAGAUAGACUUCUUAGAAAUCGAAGCUAAACUUCAAGAAAAAGAAGAAUUACUUGAAAUUCAGCGGAACCAGUUACUCCGGGAAUUGAAGAUGAAAGAUCAGAUUCUGGCUCUCGGAAGCGAUGACCUUUCUGAGGCGACCUCCACGAGGUCUGAUGAGGUGUCGCGGGGACAGAGUCCCUCAGUGUCUGAGACAUCCAGUAGGUCUGGACGUCACAGUAUGGGUCAGAAUUUCUUGAGGUCAGGGGAAAAGGAAGUUGGUCGAGUCCAGGUUAUGUUAACAGACGCAGAGAAGGAACACAUAAAUGCCAUCGAGUUUCUGAAAGGGAAACUGAAGGCGGGGUCAGGACAGAAGAUCGGUAACGAUAAAUCAAUGCUUCGAUCUUGGCAUCGGAACAGCAGUGGUUCGCUGAGGACAGGGUUAGAAAGGAUGCUGUAUGAAAGGAGUGUGUCUUCUACCGGUGUCGUGCCUUCACAACGAUCAGAGUCCGUGGAAACUCUACAGAGACGUGAUACCGAUCCAGCACUACAGUCCCACCAGCAGUGCACUAGUGUUUCUCCCAGUAGUGAUACCGAUCCAGCACUACAGUCCCACCAGCAGUGGACUAGUGCUUCUCCCAGUAGUGAUACCGAUCCAGCACUACAGUCCCACCAGCAGUGGACUAGUGCUUCUCCCAGUAGUGACAAGCAAAAUAAAACUCAGGGAUCUGCAUUAAGUAAUGAUAGUAAGCUCUCAGUUAAGUCUCAACAAGGAGACACAUUACCAUCACUAGAUUCCCAACAGAAAAACAAGACUUUAGGGAGAACUAACAGCUUCUGAUGUUUAGUCCUGUGUGAAGGCUUGUGUAAAAUUGUAUUGCCUGUAUACUGUAUAGCCAUGUGAUGAAAUGUAUAGACAGAAAUAUAUGUGCCAAAUUAACCAUUGUAAAGUGGACUGAAUCUUGUAUAGAUAUUCAUGCAUAUAGAAAUCCACCUUGCCGUAUACCUGGACUUAUAUUGACAUAGUUUUGAUUAUUAUGUGACAAGGAAAUUUUUGUGUAGAGGAAAAUUGGAGAACAAAUGAUGUAUUUAACUGAGUAGAUUUUGAGUUGUUCAUAUUUCUUUUUAUUUUUGAAGUGAAUCUUAAAUAUAUUUCAUAAAUUUAAAAAGUCAAUUGUCAAAUGAAAAAAGAUCAUCCCUGAAAUUUAUUGUAAGCAACACACACAGGUUAACAGUUUGUAAACUAAUCAACAGAGAUUAUUUGAUUGACUGUAAAUGAAAAUUUCCUUGUCAUUAAUAACUUGUUCUUGCAUUGUUUUUUUUUUUGUGUCUUGCUUUCUGUUUCAUGCAUGACUUAUUUUUGGUGAAGGUCAUGCAUGGCUUAUUUUGAUGAUUGUCUGCAUGACUUAUUUUUGGUAAAGGUCUGUGACGGUUUAUUAUUGUGAUCUAUCACACAGAAAUCCAGAUUAUUAUUUAUACACGGGAUUUCUACGUUCUUGGUAUUGAGAAAACGUUGACAUGUGGAAAAUGGACAAUUUUGUCUUGUGCAAGUUCUCUCCCUUUAUUUCAAAUUUAACCAUAACAACUUGCUUUGAAUCAUGACAUUUUUUAAAAUUUAUUUAAAUGAAGAUCUCUGUCUCAUCAUUUAUCUAGCCAAUGUAUCAUAUUAUGGACCCAAUAUAUAUCCAGAAUUUUGUUUGUCAGCUGUAAAGGGAGAUAACUUGAAAACUACAGAAAAGUUGUACAUUGACUAUCUGUGCAUGGCAUUCCCAGGUUAGUUUUGUAUGCGUUUUUUAUGUAAUACAAGCGUGGAAUUUUUGUCAGCUUAUUGUUGCUAUGUUAACAAAAGUCGGCAUUUUAUCUUCGCCACAAUCCAUUUCCUGUAUGGGUGAUUGCCGGCGUGUUUGUUCUUGUUCUAUUUUUGUUCAACAAAAACAUGUAGUUAUAUGUGUCAUUUUUUGGGGGUGGGGUGGAUCAAAUAUAGACCUCAAAUUUGUACACAUAUUUUACUGAUACAACCUAGGAGUUUGUUCCAUAUUAUGUAUAUAGUGCGAUAUUCUGACCUGUAUGUGUAAAUAUAAGUACUUUUGAUGGUUCGUCUGAAUUGAGUGUUCAUAUAGUGUUAUGUAUGAACACAAGAAAUUUGUUUCUUCAGUGUUUACACACAUUGUAUGAAGACAUGAGAAAUAUGCUUCUCCACUGUUCACACACAAUGUAUGAACACGUAAGAAAUAUGCUUCCAGUGUUCACACACAUUGUAUGAACACGUAAGAAAUAUGCUUCUCCACUGUUUACACACAAUGUAUGAACACGUAAGAAAUAUGCUUCUCCACUGUUCACACACAAUGUAUGAACACGUAAGAAAUAUGCUUCUCCAGUGUUCACACACAAUGUAUGAACACGUAAGAAAUAUGCUUCCAGUGUUUACACACAAUGUAUGAACACGUAAGAAAUAUGCUUCUCCACUGUUCACACACAUUGUAUGAACACGUAAGAAAUAUGCUUCUCCACUGUUUACACACAAUGUAUGAACACGUAAGAAAUAUGCUUCUCCAGUGUUCACACACAAUGUAUGAACACGUAAGAAAUAUGAUUCGGUGUUCACAAGGUUGUACAGUGAAACCCAAUGAAAAUGUGAAUUGAGAAUGAAGUUAAGGGUCGGAAUCCCCAGUGAACAGGUGUUGGAUUAGGCGGUUUUCACUGAGAUGAUAUAACCGUACGAUCGUGUGAUCUCCAUGUCUGGUGUAAUGUCAUUGUGAUAUCAAAUUCAAUGGUGUAUUUGUUGACUCUUCUGUACUGGGAGGUGAGAAGAGUAUGCUAAUGGUGCUGGUGAAGGUAUGUGUAUAUUAAAUGCUGGGACUAUAGGACUUAAUACUUGUGAUUUAUCCACAAUAUUUAUCAUACACAGUUAAUGAAGGUAUGCGUUUUUUAAUGCAGGGUCCAUAAUAUUUAUAAUCCAUUUAAUGAAUAUGAUGUGUGUGUUUUCUGAAAUGAAGGGAUCAUAAUAUCUAUAUUCCAUUUGAUGAAUAUAAUGUGUGUGUUUUGAGAUGUUUAUACUUCAUUUGAUGAAUGUGUGUGUUUUGAGAUGUGCUAUCUAUAGAUGCAGGGUUUAUGGUGUUUAGAUAGUUUAUGAUUCUGGUGAGAUCUGGGUCUAUAUAGAUCUUCCUUAAUAUGAAUGAUGCAUGCAGUGUAUAUGGGUAUAUCUAAAGAAGAGCUAAGACAGUACAGGAGUGUAUAUGGGUAUAUCUAAACAAGAGCUAAGACAGUACAGCAGUGGAUGUGAACUCGGGGACGUUUUACGCCAGCUUACUCCUAAUGCACUUCACGAGAAGUGUGCUGGCAUGAUAUCGAAGCAUCACGGUUCAUACCCUCGUGUAUUUUUAAAAAUAAGAUCUAUUUUCAUAUUAAGUUUAACUUUCGUUUCAUAUGGGAUUCCUAUAGCCAUUCAAACAGAUGCACGUACGCAUCUCAUUCACACCUGCAUCGCAUUCAGGCCACAAGGUAAAGGUCAUUAUCAAGAGACUUCAGGAUUGCAUUGUCCAUGCACAGUAACUAAAGGAUUUACUCAGGUCACAAGGUCAAGGUCAUUGUGAUAUGAUGUAGGUGAUCGGUGAAUGUGUUUCAGUGUACUGUACAAGAGAAGUUUUAACAUACAGUAUAUAUAAGAUGGUGAUAUAGAGUGAAAAACUUACAGUAUAUAUAAGAUCGUGAUUUAGAGUGAAACACAAGAUUCAAGUCACAUGUUUGACACAGGUAAGCUGACAGCUAUGUGUUUUAUCUGUGACAUACAGGUGUGACAGUCUUUGUGAUUCAAUCUAUGUAUUUAUCAUAUCAUUUUUUGAGGGGGGGGGGGGGUCAUCUGAUACAGUUUUUAUAAGAUCUCGAACCUGUUUCCGUCCAUUGAUGACUGCAUGGGGAAUGUAUGUUAAUGCCUUUUGAUCUUUGGUUUUGGUCAUGUGAUAUGAUCACAUGAUUAUCAUGUGGUGUGAUGAUUCUGUGUAAUAUGUAUCAAACAAAAUAAAAAAUGAAAGUAAUGAACUAAG